AUGACAGGACCGGACAUGCAGGACGCAGAGGCGCGGGAGAUUGACACCCGGCGCCGGCGGGACAGCGCGGCACGCGACGAGCGGCGGGAGCGCGAACGCCACCGCGACCGCUCGCGCGACGACGAGCGGCGGGAGCGCGAACGCCACCGCGACCGCUCGCGCGACGACGAGCGGCAGCGGCGCCGCGAGCGGGAGCGGGAUCGCGAGCGCGAAGAGCGGCGCGAGAAGCGCGAGCAAAGGGACGACGACCGCGACCGCGACCGCGAUCGGCGGCGGCGGGAGAAAGACGCGCGGCGCGCCCGGCGCCGAGACUCACGCUCUCCGCGCCGCGACCCCUCCACGUCCACCUCCACCUCCACCUCGGCUACCCUCGCCCUGCACUACGCCGACACGGGCAAGUUCGAGUGGCACAAGAAGCGGGAGAAGGAGAAGGCGCUCGGCAUGACCCCCGAAGAGGUGGCGCGGCGGGACGCGGCGCGGCGGCGCGAAGCCGAGGCCGAGCUCGCCAAGCUGCAGCAGAAACGGGCGGAGCGGGAGGUGGAGCGCGCGCUGCGGGAGGAGGAGGCGGGGCGUGCGCGGCGCGACGCCGACGACGCCGCGAUGGCCGGCUGGGUCGCGCGCGAAGACGCGUUCUUGCUCGAGCAGAGCCGGCGGCGGGCCGCCAUCCGGCUGCGCGAGCAGCGCGCCAAAGCCAUCGACUUUCUCGCUAUCAACUUGCGGUUCGCGAGCGCCGGCCGGUCGGCCGCGAGCGUGCUGCGCCAAGCCGAAGCCGAAGCCGAAGCCGACGACGACGACGACGAGUGGGCGUGGGUCGACGCCUUCGAAAUCGACGAGCCCUACAAGAUCUUCGAGAACCUCUCGUUGGAAGAUAUGACCGAGCUCGAGGCCGACAUCGCAAUGUACCGCUCGCUCGAGCGCGCCCCGACAAACCUCGCAUUUUGGGACGCCAUGGCCGUGCUCUGCGCCCACCAUUUGCGGGGGUUGCGCGAGCCCGCGCGUGCCCACGACGCGCAGGUCGAGGAUGAGGCGCGGCGCAUCGUCGAGGGCCUGUCGUGGCGCCGCCUCGACGAGCUCGAGGCCAAGACGCGCGCGAUGGGCGCCGCGGACGACUUUUGGCGCCUCGUGCUCCGCAAGAUCGAGGUGCAGAAAGCCGUGGUGCGCCUGAACGCGAUCCACGAGACCGUGCUCAAGAACCGCCUCGAGCUUUUCCGCAAGCGGCAGCGGGCGGAGGCUGCGCGCGCACAGGCCGAGAUGGCCGACGCAGAGGAGAGUGAUGGCGAGGCUGAUCUCGAUCCGGAGUGGCAGGAGGAGGAGGAGGAGGAGGAAGAGGACCAAGUGGAAGAAUACGACGCAUCCAUGUCCCCGCCGCCCGGAGGCGGCGACCUCCCCGUCGUCGCGGCCGCCGACUACUUCGCCGCGCUGUAUGCCGCGCGCCGCAGAGUCUCGGCGGCAGGAUACGCGCCGCCCGUGCAGGACGUCGCGGACACGGACGAGGCGAACGCGCGGCACUGGCGCGCGCGCAUCGCGGCCGAGACGGCCGACGACGACCUCGAAGACAUGGGCGACGACGUCGACCUCGCCGACGGCCUCCCGGCCUCGUACGCUUGGGGCGACAAGUACCGCCCCCGCAAGCCGCGGUACUACAACCGCGUGCAUACGGGGUACGAGUGGACGAGCUACAACAAGGGGCAUUAUGACAAGGAAAACCCCCCACCCAAGGUCGUUAUGGGGUACCGCUUCCACGUGUUCUACCCCGACCUCAUCGACAAGAGCACACCGCCGACGUACGAGCGCGUGCGCACCGCAGACGAGGACACGGAGCUGCUCGUGUUCCGCGCGGGCCCGCCGUACGAGGACGUCGCGUUCCGCAUCGUGCGCAAGCAGUGGGACUACUCGCACCGGCGCGGAUUCAGGAGCCACUUUGACCGCGGCGUGCUGCAGCUGGCGUUCAAAUUCCAGCGCGAUACGUAUCGCAAGUAG